AUGUCAGCUAAACCUAAAGCAGCACAUACCAUUACUGGUACUAAGGAGGAUCAUAGUCCGUUCACAAGGAGCAAUAAGACCCCCCGAUCACCUGAUCGACAAUGCGCUCAGAUGUUAAAAGUUGCUACACCAACUCCACAAGAAGUGACUCCAACAAACACUGUCUCGCACGAUGUGACCGAAUUAAAUAGCGUCACAAUGCCAACUAAAAAGGCUAGCGUAGCCGAUCUGCCAAUACAAGGCACCACUAGCAGCGAAAAUGCAAUAAGUGUGAGCGAAGGAGAGAGCACACUUAUUGAGCUGGGCAUACUGAUAGAAGAGCUAAUCGCGCUCACCCAUGGCCAAAAACAAAGGCAUGUUAAACAGCACAUGCGUAACAUAAUUGAUAAGAUCUCGCAACUGCAAAAACAAGCAGUAGCAGAGGUUACAGAGUCGGCUACCCACCCAAUCGCCCAGGUGAAAAGAGGUCGCAGCACUCUCACUGAAGAACCAAUGGGGGAGGAGCAGACCCUACAACAAAACAAACGGUCAUGCAUCAAUUCGCCAAAAACACGAGCAAGAACAUGUUUAAUUAGUCAGUUCAAACAAUCAAAACUAAGUUCUCAAAUGUUCGAAGCCACGGCAAAGCCGCCAACAAGAAUAUUAAGUACGCAGCUAGCAAAAGGGCCUGAUAAUAAGGCAACAACAAAUAAUCCAAUGGAGGAACAGUGGAAUGUAGUAGCAAAGAAAGCCAACCAGAAAGCAGCAAAAUUACCAAAAACAAAACCACAAGCGAUAUUAAUUUCAAAAAGUGGGGACCUUUCCUAUGCGGAAAUUCUAAGGAAAAUCAAGUCCGACUCAGCGCUCAGCGGAUUCGGAAAUAACGUCACUAAGAUACGUAAAACGCAAAAUGGUGAAAUGUUGCUACAACUAAGCGGAACUGCGAUUCCAACCGACUCCCAGGAGAACAUGAAGAAGUGUCUAGGGGAUCAAGCCCACAUUAAACUGCUGACCCAGGAGACCCUACUGGAGUGCAAAGACAUUGAUGAGGUUACAAGCAAGGAAGAAGUUCUUUACGCCCUGCGGAGAGAAUUAGGUAACACUGAACUGCCGAUCUCAACAAUUAAGAACUUAAGAAAGUCCUAUGGAGACACCCAAACAGCCCUCAUUAAACUCCCAGUUGAGGCAGCUAGACAGCUUCUACUGACUAGAAGGCUGAAAGUUGGAUGGGUAAAUUGCCGUAUUCGAGAAUACAGACAACCACAGCGGUGCUUUAAAUGUCUAGAUUAUGGACACACUGCAAAAACCUGCACAAAUGAGGACAGGUCCAGACUCUGUAGAAGAUGUGGCGAAGGGGAGCACCAGGCAAAGGACUGCAACAACAAGCCAAAAUGUUUUCUCUGCCUGAAAGCCGGUUCAAAGGAAAUUGAUCACUUUACUGGAAGCGUCAGGUGCCCAGUAUAUAAGAAGGCAGCUCAGCAGAUAACAUGAGAUUUCUACAACUGAACGCAAACCACUGUAAAGCGGCUCAUGACUUACUAAAACAGUCAGUUGCCGAAAAGCAAAUAGAUGUGGUUCUACUAAGUGAACCAUAUAAAAUCGGACAAGGCGUAACCUGGAUAAGUGACGCUCAAAAUAAAGCGGUUAUAUGGAAAUGUAACCCUAACUAUGCGCAACUGGAAGCACCCUUCUCUUCAGAUUGUUUUGUCCGAACAACAUCUAAUAAUAUUAAUAUAUAUAGCUGCUACUUACCCCCUAGCCUCAACGACGAGGAAUAUCGUCGUAUUAUCGACAACCUAGUGGCCGAUGCCAGAUGCAAAACGAAAGUUAUAAUAGCUGGUGACUUUAAUGCCUGGGCUAUCGAGUGGGGAUGCAAAAAAACCAACAGCAGAGGCAAAACCUUACUAGAAGCUUUU